AUGCCCUGUCAUCUUCAUCCCAGUAGUGCUCUCUAUGGCAUGGGUUGCACUCCUGAUUAUGUAGUUUAUCACGAGUUAAUUCUGACGACAAAGGAGUACAUGCAGUGUGCCACAGCGGUGGAGCCCCAUUGGCUCGCUGAGUUAGGUCCCAUGUUUUUCUCUGUGAAAGAGUCUGAUACAUCACUACUAGAACAUAAAAAGAAACAGAAGCAAGAGAAAACUGACAUGGAAGAGGAAAUGGAGAAUUUAAAGAAGGAGCAAGCAGAGUUCGAGAGGGAAAAUAAACAGAAGGAGAAAGAAAAAAUGGCCAAGAAUCAGCAGCAAAUAUCCAUGCCAGGUUUGAAAAAGGGUUCGUCCACAUUCUUGAGACCAAAAAAGUUUGGUUUGUAA